AAGGUAUAUAUAUAACAUUUUUUAAAAUCCGAAUUAAAUUAUUUCUGGAUUUCAUAGUUAAAAAAGAAUCCUUUAGAAAUCCCAAUUGAUACACCAUUCUCCCCAUAUUCUAAAAAUAUAUCAAAAUCGAACCAGAAUAAGAAUUUAUUAAUAUGUUUAAUCCUGUUUAUUUUUGGGUAAAUUUACAAUAACCGCAGAAUUCAUUGCUUUUAAUUAAUCAGAUUAAUUUAUGCCCGUCUUCUGACUCUUGUCUCUCCAUUGUCGUCAAAUUUAGCAGUGCCAACGAACAAAACUAGUUUAUGUAGACGCCAUUGAUCAUUUCAUCAUUUCCCUCUGCUUGCAAACACCUGGAGCACAAGAUGAAUGGUGAAUUACAGCUGGAUGCAUUUGAUGAUGAGAGCCCUAGUUACUCUGAUCCUCUGCUUGGCGAUUACCAUGUCGCUGCACCCCCUAGUUGGAGUCAAAUACUGAAAGAUGGUAUUCAUGAUGAGGAUGAUGAUGAUAAAGAUUGUUCUGUCCCGUGUUGUCGAAUUUGCCUCGAGUGCGAGGGAGAUAAUGAUGAUGAACUGAUAUCUCCGUGCAUGUGCAAAGGCACCCAGCAGUUUGUGCACCGGAUGUGCCUGGAUCACUGGCGCUCAGUUAAGGAAGGUUUUGCAUUCUCACACUGUACAACUUGUAAAGCUCAAUUUCAUCUCCAAGUAGUGAAGUUCGAGGACGGCUCGUGGCGUAAAACAAAAUUCCGACUCUUUGUGGCCAGAGAUGUGUGCCUUGUGUUUUUUGCUGUACAAACUUUGAUUGCAGUGAAUGCUGGUAUUGCCUACCUAUUGGAUAAGGAUGGAGCCUUUAGGAACUCAUUUGAUGAUUGUUGGGAUCAUAAGCUUUCAAAGCAUCCUAUAACAUUCUACUACACUAUAGGAGUGCUGGGAUUCCUUGUGCUACUUGGAUUCUUUGGGCUCAUACUGCAUUGCUCUUCUUUUCAUAGCAGUGACCCUCGCAUGGCUGGCUGCCAGAACUGCUUUUACGGUUGGGGUAUCUUAGAUUCUUUUCCUGCAUCUCUGGAAGCAUGCUUUGCACUGGUUCUUGUUUUUGUCGUCAUCUUUGCCAUUCUUGGCAUUGCAUAUGGCUUCCUUGCUGCCACAAUGGCAAUUCAAAGAAUCUGGCAGAGACACUACCACAUCCUCGCCAAGAGGGAACUUACUCAGGUGAUAAUAUUAAUCUGCAUCUUUAUAGAAUCUAUUUACACACGCAUAUGGAUAAAAGCAAUGUAUUUGAGCAUCUGGUAUCAUACGACAUCAUCAGAAACUUGAAUAUAUACUAUUCAUGAAACCAGAUUAGAAGUCUAAGCAUUGUUUUUCUCUGUUUCACUUCUCCUUUUUGUCAAUGUCUGAAAUUUGAAUCAUAAGAUACUUUACAAUCUUUCAGGAAUACAUAGUGGAGAAUCUUCAUGGCACUUACACUUCACCGACACUGGACUCGGAACAUGAAAAGCGAUUGAAAAUGCUGAAACUUCUAUAAACCCGAGGGAAUUGAAAUAGAAACAGAGUGCAGUAUGUGAAAGCUGGAUUCUGAAUCUACUGAUCUGUUAUCCGAAUAUCUGGUACCAACUUGUAGUUUGAUAGUUGAAAUAGAAAAUAUUCUCAUGUAACAUAAUUAGAGAAUUCAAAUUAAUAUAGACUCAUCAUGUGUUGUUCUUUAACAGGUAAUAUGUUGUAGAUGCAUUACUAAACUAAAUGGACUCGGUUUUAAUUGUAAUCGUGUAUAAAAUUUCAUUACUGCGUUUAAACCUCGAUAACUUGGUUAUUCAUUCUUAAGGUUAAAAGAACAUUG